UGCCCGCUUUUCCCUGUGUCAAGAUGGCGACGUCUCUAGGAUCCAACACUUACAAUCGGCAGAACUGGGAGGAUGCGGAUUUUCCCAUUUUGUGCCAGACGUGUCUUGGAGAAAACCCAUAUAUCCGAAUGACCAAAGAGAAAUAUGGAAAAGAAUGCAAGAUCUGUGCCAGGCCAUUCACAGUGUUCCGCUGGUGCCCAGGUGUACGUAUGCGCUUUAAGAAGACAGAAGUAUGCCAAACAUGCAGCAAACUGAAGAAUGUUUGUCAGACUUGCCUUCUUGAUCUGGAAUAUGGUUUACCUAUUCAGGUUCGAGAUGCUGGACUCUCCCUUAAAGAUGAUAUGCCGAAGUCGGAUGUUAAUAAAGAAUAUUAUACUCAGAAUAUGGAAAGAGAGAUCAUGAACUCUGAUGGCACCCGGCCUGUUGGUGCUCUAGGAAAGGCAACGUCUACUAGUGACAUGUUGCUCAAGUUGGCUCGGACCACACCUUAUUACAAACGCAAUCGGCCACAUAUUUGCUCAUUUUGGGUGAAAGGAGAAUGUAAGAGAGGGGAAGAGUGUCCUUACAGGCAUGAAAAACCUACCGAUCCAGAUGAUCCUCUUGCUGAUCAGAACAUUAAAGAUCGUUACUAUGGUAUUAAUGAUCCUGUGGCUGACAAGCUUCUCAAGCGAGCUUCCACAAUGCCUCGCCUGGACCCACCUGAUGACAAAACAAUCACAACGCUAUAUGUAGGUGGUCUGGGUGACACUAUCACUGAGACAGAUCUUAGGAAUCACUUCUAUCAAUUUGGUGAAAUCCGAACGAUAACAGUGGUACAGAGGCAGCAGUGUGCAUUCAUCCAGUUUGCCACACGGCAAGCUGCAGAAGUGGCAGCAGAGAAGUCCUUCAACAAACUUAUUGUCAAUGGCCGCAGGCUUAAUGUGAAAUGGGGCAGGUCUCAAGCAGCUAGAGGAAAGGAGAAGGAAAGAGAAGGGACCACAGAAUCUGGUAUAAAACUGGAGCCAGUCCCUGGUCUGCCUGGCGCACUUCCUCCUCCUCCUGCUGCAGAAGAAGAAGCUGCUUCUGCAAACUAUUUCAACCUACCUCCUAGUGGCCCUCCAGCUGUAGUGAACAUUGCCCUGCCGCCGCCUCCUGGCAUUGCUCCACCACCACCUCCUGGUUUCGGGCCACACAUGUUCCAUGCGAUGGGUCCUCCACCUCCUUUCCUGAGAGCCCCAGGUCCCAUCCACUACCCUUCUCAAGAUCCACAAAGAAUGGGUGCCCAUGCAGGGAAGCACAACAGUCCCUAACACCACCAUCUUGUUUUUUUUAUUAUUUUUUAAAGAUAUCUUACAUUGGUAGCAUACCACGUUCAUCAGUAAUGAACAGGAAGCUAAGCCUCUCUUUUCUUCGUGUACACACAGCACAGGCUUAGUCCUACUGUCUUACCGCUAGGAAAUCUGGUCAUUUGGAUAACCAAAAUACCUAAUCUGGUGACAGAAAAGGGUGGCUUGUGGUCUGAGCUAGAGGAAUGAAUGGUUCUCAAACUUCAAAUCCCAUCAGUGUAUCCAAUUUUCCCACUAUGUGAAUAAUCUCUGAAGAAAAAAUUAAAAAAUGACUAGGCCAGUUUGGUAAUCCAACACAAUAGAAGCUGACCAGCAUUGUUUUUCAGAUUUGUUUGAAAACUCCUUUACAGCUAACCCAUUUGAAUGACAAAUUACUGUACCCCUUCCUUGCACUGAGCUGGAGUGGAAGGGUACAGGAAGAGUAAUACAGAGAUCAUUCAUAUGGUGUACAGCUUUGUAAUAUUGUUUUUCAUUCUUGAUCUUGUCUGAUGAUAACAUGCUACCAAAAGUUGAGGCAGCAGCACUGCAUGCUUGUAACCUCUGCUAAGAGGUUGGUGACUGGAUCUGUGACUUAUGUGGCCUUCAUGUCCAGUUGUGCAGACUAAAACUGGUCUGGUCUAUUUCUAACCUAGCAUUUGAUUACCAAUGGGUGUUUUAGAUGUAUUCUCAGUUUUUGCCGUCUGUUGUCUGCAUAAAGUCUGUAAUGUGCCCUAGUAAAGAGAAUCAUAUUUUUAUCUA